UCAAAGUCUGACCGGAAUCAAGGCCUCCUGUUAGAUUUGUAUGUGACCUGGGAGACAAGAAACAGCAAAGUUAAAUCAGGAAUCAAUAGAGAGAAAAAUCUGAUGACAAACAGCGAUGAUAACUUCUGGAAUAUCAAGCAAGAUUGUUUUCUUUCAACAUGCUGUGAAAAGUAGAUAAACCCUGAAAUAUGAAAUAUUAAGGAAGAUAAAUGUCUGCCCACCACUCGUCUAACAACGUCUCUAGCUGGAAAAAGGAAAUAAGACAAGAGAUCCAGAGGCUCCAGGACGAACGUGAAAAGCAUGUACGCAGUCUAAGGUUCUCUCAGAGUAGAUUUACACGUUGGAGUGAUGCUAGUGUUGUUCAAGACCUCACUGACAUGUUGGUCUCUGGGGACAAAAUAGACCAGGACUUGCAAGCAGAAAAGGGCAAAGGGGCGUCUUUGAAAGAACAGAUCGUAAAAUGGGAGAGGAAGUUGGCAGAACAGAAGACUGGUGGAGGAACUUCGCAGUGCAGUAUAAAACCUUGGAGAUACUUACUGAAAAACACUUUUUUCAUGGAAAGCAAACUGCACAGAGCUACCAAAUGCUUCAAUACAACGAUGACCAGGAAUGGAGAGUUGAGGGAUGAGCUAAAGACAAUGCAGGUUGAGAAGAAACAGUUCCUACAUGUUCAAUCUCGCCUGGGAAAGGAGCUGCAUGCACUUCGCAAGGAUAUUGGUAACCUGAUGGCUAAAUGCACUGAAGCCUUAAAUGCCAGUGUGAAGUGUCAGGAAAGACACAGAAUUCUAAUGGAGCAGAAUUCUAAGGAUGUGGCUCAGUUCAUCAAACAGAGUAGCAGCCUGGAACAAGACAUUUCUCGAAACUGCAAAUUUGAGGUUUUCCUUGACAUAAAGGACAUUGUACGCAACAUCCCGGACACCGGAGACAAAGUGAAGCGCAAGCAAUUGGAUUCUAAGGAAUUGGCUCCACAAGAUUUUGAGGAUGCUAUCAAAAAGAUCCUCGAAGUAACAGAAGAAAAGGACAUGGACAAACUUGUCAGGAACUUCCUACAAAUGGAGGAGCACAACUUCACUUUACUGAAAUGUGUCAACUAUCAGCAAAAUGAAGCAGAGACCCUUCGAAGGCAGAUCUCUCAGCGUUGCAUUGAGAGAGAGAUGUUUGUAGCUGAGAAACAACGGCAGCAAGACCAGCACCAGGCUCUUCAGGUUAAAGUCUCCAUCAGGCAAGAGGCUAUGGAGCAGCAGCUGGCAGGUUUCCAAAUGCGUGUUGACUUCAUGGAAAAGCUCCUAGAUCAGCUCAAAGAAGGUGUUGAGUCAUUGCUUCAGAUCAGCUGUGACAGCUUUGAGAUCUGCCCCCAGUUGGGCUCCUCUGAUGGAGUCCAGGAUGAAAACAUCCCAGAGUACCUGAGAAAGGUGGAGAACAGAGUCAAUGAGCUUCUCUCACUGCAGUCCUUUCUUUACUUCCAGGACAACAUUAAUAGCCAGUGGGACAUGGACAGUCUGAGCACCAUUGCUGGGCAGCUCCUGGGAAAGACCCCCACAGCUGUGAACCUCCCCUCUGCUGCUGAGACCCCUGCACCUGUUGCUGAUCCAGACCUGGUGGAGUCGGUGCUGUUGGAGGCAAAGGAGCCAGUGAGGAGAGAUGAUCUACUGACACUGGUCAAUAACAGGGUUAGAGUAACUAAAAUAAUUUCUUCGAAACGUAACAUUUAAAAAUGAGGAAAUUGUUGAUAUGAAGCUCUUGUUACCCACAUGUAUUUCUUUUUUUGUUUAUUCCCCACAUGGCUGUUAUUUUUUUUUAAAAACUAAAAACAUGUAGGUUAUGGUGGAAAGGAGCAGGGAGGAGAAAAUCUUGUUUUACCUGCUCCAACAUUAAGAAUAUUAUCUGUCACAAAGUGUAACCCGUCUAUGUAGGUUGAUAUUUCCAUA